GUUUGCGGGGAGGAUCAGGACGGUGUCCUUGGGGUCCAGGAAGAACUUGUGCAUCAACAAGGAUGUUAUAAAGCUUGGCAGUGCGAACCGGAUUAAUGAGAGGUGUUUGGAACUGCAGAAGAACAAGAAGAGCAGCAAAACUAAGGUUGAGGAUGAUAAAUGAAAGGCACGCCAAGCAAAGAACUCUUGUGGGUGCCCAAUGUUAAGAAAUAGAAGCCUACAGAAAGAGUUCAGGAGCGAAGCGUCAGGCCAAGGUGCAUUAGACAUUGAGGAUUUGACGCACAUAGGAAAGAAGAUUGGAACAUGCCCCAACUAUGGUUCACGAGAAAUGGUCCGCUCAGCUGACCUUGUAGUCCUUCCUUACCAGUCUUUAUUACUGAAGUCUGCUAGAGAAUCGCUUGGCCUUAAUCUGAAGAACAGUGUUGUCAUCAUAGAUGAGGCUCACAACUUAGCUGAUUCUCUGACCAACAUGUACAAUUCAAAGAUUACAUCUUCUCAGUUGAAGGCAGUUCUUUCCCACCUGGAUGCAUACCUUAAUAGAUUUCACGAUGUUUUGGGAGCUGGGAAUCGAAGAUACAUCCAGACCUUGACAGUUUUAACAAGGUCUUUCCUACGAGUUUUGAUCAACAAUCAAGAUGGUGCCAGCACUAUGUCUUCUAUGACCAUAAACCAAUUCUUGUUUUCCCUUGACAUCGAUAACAUAAAUAUAGUGAAACUCUGUCAGUAUGUAAAAGAAAGCAAUAUAAUUCACAAGGUUAGUGGAUAUGCCAAUAAGACAACUAGCAUCCAAGAUGGUGUAAAUCAGUUUGAUCUCCAGCAGGAACAUGAUGAAGGAAGCAGUAUAGCAUGUUUUCAGGCAUUGGUUGACUUUCUACGCUCCCUUAUGAGCAGCAAUGAUGAUGGAAGAAUCAUUGUUGCAAAGCAAAAGCUCAGUGGACAACCUGAAGAAGCAUAUCUCAAAUUUGUGAUGCUUUGUGCGGAAAAAAUAUUUUCAGAGGUCACUCGGGAUGCUUAUGCUGUUAUCCUGGCUGGUGGAACCCUCCAGCCUAUUGAAGAAACUAGGCUACGCUUGUGUCCAAGCUUAGCACCAGCUGAUAUAAAAUUCUUUACGUGCAACCAUAUUGUUCCUCCUGAGAGUAUUCUUCCCAUAGCUGUUACACGUGGACCCUCAGGCAUGACAUUUGAUUUCAGCUACAGUUCAAGGAGCUCUCCUUCCAUGAUUGAAGAGCUUGGACGUUUCAUCUGCAAUAUUGUAACAAUUGUGCCUGAAGGAGUUGUUAUGUUUUUUUCUUCUUAUGAUUAUGAAAGGCGUGUAUAUGAUGCAUGGACUACUGCAGGAACAAUUUCCAAGAUUUGUAAAAAGAAACAUGUUUUCAGAGAACCAAGGAACAGUGCUGACGUUGAGGCUGUCCUCAACAAAUACAAGGCGACAAUUCAAUCAUGUAGUAAAAAUUCCCAAGACACAGGCGUCAAUGGGGCACUUUUAUUAGCCGUCGUCGGUGGUAAGAUUUCUGAAGGCAUAAACUUCAGCGAUGGGAUGGGUCGUUGUGUAAUAAUGGUUGGCUUGCCUUAUCCAAGUCCAUCUGAUGUUGAGCUGAUAGAGACGAUAAAGCAUAUCGAAAGUAUUUCUAGCUCAUUUUUGGUUGGAGAUGAUAAGGCCUCAGGUAGAAAAUAUGAUGAUGAAUGUGAACUUCAGCCUGGUUACAAUAUAUUACGGAAGUGCACUAAAGGUGGAAGAGAGUAUUAUGAGAACCUGUGCAUGAAAGCUGUGAAUCAAUCUAUUGGCAGAGCAAUCAGGCACAUAAACGAUUAUGCUGCAAUGCUAUUGGUUGACUCUCGUUAUGCACAGACUUCAUCCAGCAAGAGUUAUUCCAGCCCAACUGAUAAGCUUCCUCAAUGGAUAAAAGCACGACUCUUGUGCAAAAAACUAUGGUGAAGUCCAUAGACUGUUGCAUCAGUUCUUCAAACUUAAUAAACAAAAACAUUGCCACAGUUGAUGCAAUGCAAGCAAACACAUUCAGGACAAAUGGAAUUCAUGUGUUACUCUACUAAUAUGAUGGCAUAUGUUUGAAGUGGGACAGAAUACUCAAUACUAUUUUGAUCCUUGCAAAUCGUGAUUACAUGGAUAAAUUCUUGAAAUCUACAAUCUAGGCAAGUGAUCGCUAUGUUUGCCAUUUUAUUAAUUCUGCUAUCUUUCUGUUUGAUUUUUUUUCCAAAUAGAAAGAGGAAUAGAGUGAAACAAAAAACAGGUUGCAAUUGUCAGCUAUCUAAUUUAUUGAAGAGCAAGUCCACAAAACUUCCAAUUUAUUGUUCUUUCUGAAGGAUUCAACUAUGAAUUAUCUCAUUAUUGCAUUAUUGCCGUACUCGGACAUCCUUAUCUUGCACAACGAACCAUUAUAACUUCUGCAUUUCAUAUUUGGAGUAUUUUAGAAAACUGUCCAGUAUAUUUUAAUAGAACUGCAGUUUCUCCUCUACAUUAGCUGAAAUCUAUUUGAAGCUACCCUUAAAAUCUUUUGCUGAAACUUGGUCCGAAAACGUGAAACCUUCCUGAAACAGUUUUGGACUUGAACGUAACCUGAAACCUGACUGAGACUCGCUUGAAACUUCAAUGUCAAACUCCGCAUGAAACAUGGAGCACGUUGAGUCAUUCUAUCCCACUGGAAGUACUUAAGAAGGGAUCUUGUUGGCUAAUUCUACUUUAUUAUUCACUUCAAAAAAAAAUACUACUUUAUUAUAUGCAUUAGAUUGGUAAGCUAAAAGUCUUAUAAAGAACAUUCAUAAAACCGAUUAAUCUUUUAUGGUGGGCUAUCAUCUAACCAGAAGAAACUGAGCAACUGGAAGUCUGGAACAUGUGGCACAGUGAAGACUGGGAAGGGGCCAGCCAGAGCCAGAGAGUUUAUUGAACUAAUAUUAUUGUAUUCCAUUGGCCAUACAUGAUGAUGUGCGACACUUUAUUACUUGUUCUAUGAUUCUUCAGCAGCAGGCACCACCACCAGUGAUGGCACACGGAGUGGUGCAGUAACUUGGCAGUGAAACUCCGCACAUGGCCGGCAGGUUCUUGGCACCCAGAGCAGCCCUCUGAAGUUCAUAAUACUCCGAGCCCUGCAGCAGCAUCUGCUGUAGCACGGCCUCAACCAGGCUGCAUACCUCCUGGCACCGAUGUGGGGGCUCCACCUGCCUGAUCCGCUGGCAGCACUCCUGCCGCAUCGCCAGACAUCUGCUCGGGUACCACAUCGGCGGCCGGAGGAAGGGCCAUCCCGUUGCCAUGGGACACUUCUGCCUGAGGAGCUCGCCACACGGGUGCAGGCUUCCGUAGUAGCCUGGCUGCUCCUGUGGCUCCAAGCCCUGCGCAGAGGUGCUGCUCGCGGCCAGAGCGAGGAGAGUGAGCACGAGGAAGAUCUUCAUGCCGGCUGCUGCAAUCUUUGUGCUAUUGAUUGGUGUCGAUGAACUGCGAAGAAAUUGAUGGUUGGUGGUGAUAGGGAAGUGCGUGUAAGAGGGUUAUUUAUAACUGAAGGCACGCCGAAUGCAUUCUGGGCUUGCUUUUGCAUUUGCUUUGCUACGUUGCUAACUCAGUGCGUGGGGAGUCAUCAUGUUUGGAUGCUUCUGAAACUGAACAUUUGGAAUGCUGCAUUAGCUGGGAAUAGAGUUGCACUUAAAUGCUCAAAAAAGUUACUUUACAACGGCAUCACUGUACUUAACUUGUUAAGAUGCUUCUGAAUAAGAUAGCUUGCUAUGGCUUCUACGGUUC